AUGUCCGGAACGGAAAGCAGGCAGCUCUUUGGUGGCGCUAUCACUGCUACACUACCUACAGGUUUGAUUGACGCAUCCGAUCUGCGUCAGGUACCCGAUACACAGGAAGUCCUUCUGUAUCCUGAUUCGGGAAUAAGUAUCAUAUUGGAGGUGCUUCAAUGCGUGGAUGUCACGAAAUAUACUGAUAUUGCAAGGUGUCACUUUGACUCCUUGGCGCACGACAAUGACGCCGAGAGCAAGAGUGUCGAUGAGAUUUCUCGCAUGUACAACGAGCAUGGACCCAAGACACCUGGCCCGAUUGUCUUGAAGGGGUCGCAGAUGGUCCGAAAGUUCAACAGCAAAAUUCCUGAUGAAAUACGUAUCUUGAUGGCUGUCUAUCGCCUGCAGCAGCAGAACAUCGACCUCGUGCUCUCUAUGAAUGUGCCGAUGAAGGCUUCAGAUGGGAUUGCUGUCGACGAAGCUGAAUGGAAUAGCGCGGCGGUUACGUUUAAUGCCGCUGUGAGCUCCCUGCAGAUUGUUGACUUCGGACUUUUUGCAUGA